GCCAGCGAGAGGAGGCGCCGAGAAUCCGAUUCACUUGCUGGGGAGACCUAUGGACCGAAGCCGUGUAAAUGCGUUUUAAGGCCAGUGCCGGGAGUGGCUCCGGGAGCCUCGGGGAGCGGGCGCCCUCGGCUCCAGUGUUGACCUGUUCCCUGGCCCCUCUUGCCUCCUCUCAGCAGGGGCCUCGGCUCCGCAACUGCCACUCCUCCUUGGGGUGUUGCGCAAGUUUCGAGGUCACCGGCGACCCCCCCUAGCAGCGCGCCUGGCUCUGGCCCCCGCGAAGGAGCACGGGGCUUGUGUGUUGCAUACUUUUUAAGGCGGCCAGAGGAAGCGGCAGCUCCAUCCAGCCCAUCGGCUUCUCCUCGGCAUGGCUGGCUACCUGAAUGAAACGGACUUUGUGAUGGUGGAGGAGGGCUUCAGCACCCAAGACCUGCUGGAGGAGCUCACUCUGGGGGCCUCACAGGCCACCAAGGAUGAGGUUGCUGCUUUCUUCGUGGCCGACCUGGGUGCUGUAGUGAGGAAGCACUUCUGCUUUCUGAAGUGCCUGCCGCGAGUCCGACCCUUUUACGCUGUCAAGUGCAACAGCAGCUCAGGCGUGCUGAAGGUCCUGGCUGAGCUGGGGCUUGGCUUCAGCUGUGCCAACAAGGCAGAGAUGGAGUUGGUCCAGCAUAUUGGUGUCCCCGCCAGUAAGAUCAUCUACGCCAGCCCCUGUAAGCAAAUUGCACAGAUCAAGUAUGCUGCCAAGCAUGGGGUCCGGCUGCUGAGCUUUGACAACGAGAUGGAGCUGGCAAAGGUGGUAAAAAGCCACCCCAGUGCCAAGAUGGUUCUGAGCAUUGCUACUGAUGACUCCCACUCCCUGAGCCGCCUGAACCUCAAAUUCGGUGCGUCACUGAAAUCCUGCAGACACCUGCUUGAAAAUGCCAAGAGAGACCAUGUUGAGGUGGUGGGUGUGAGUUUUCACAUUGGCAGUGGCUGUCCUGACCCACAGGCCUUUGCCAAGUCCAUUUCAGAUGCCCGGCUCGUGUUUGAAAUGGGUGCUGAGCUGGGGCACAGGAUGCACAUCUUGGACCUCGGUGGCGGCUUUCCUGGAGUGGAAGGAGCCAAAAUGAGAUUCGACGAGCUGUCUGCAGUUACCAGCUGGGGCCUUAGCAGCUGCCAAGUCAUUCUUCAUGGAAUCAAAGAGGCUUUCAAGAAAUAUAUUUGGAGCCGUAGCAAGUCUUCAGCAUCAACCCCACAUUUCAAAUGUGUGAUUGUCUCCCCGCCCCCGUAUUACCAGAUUGCUUCUGUGAUCAACUCAGCCUUGGACCUGUAUUUCCCAGAGGGCUGUGGUGUGGACAUCCUUGCCAAGCUGGGGCGCUACUAUGUGACCUCAGCCUUCACCUUGGCAGUCAGCAUCAUCGGCAAGAAGGAGGUUCUUCUGGACCAGCCUGGCAGGGAGGAGGAUACCGGUUCCGCCCCCAAGACAAUCGUGUACCACCUCCACGAGGGCGUGUAUGGAAUCUUCAACUCAGUCCUGUUUGACAACACCUGCCCUACCCCCAUCUCGCAGAAGAAACCAUCCACAGAGCAGCCCGUGUACAGCAGCAGCCUCUGGGGCCCAGUGGUCGAUGGUUGUGACUGCGUAGCUGAGGGUCUAUGGCUGCCGCAACUACAUGUAGGGGACUGGCUGGUCUUUGAGAACAUGGGCGCCUACACCGUGGGCGUGGGUUCCCUCCUUAGAGGGGCCCAGACCUGCCGCAUCACCUAUGCCAUGUCCCGGGUGGCCUGGGAAGCCCUGAGAGGGCAGCUGCUGCCUGCAGAACAGGACGAGGACGCCGAGGGCAUGUGCAAGCCGCUGUCCUGUGGCUGGGAGAUCACAGACACCUUGUGCAUGGGCCCUGUCUUCACCCCGGCGAGCAUCAUGUGA